ACAUACUUGCUUGGGCGAUGAAUUACAUUUUAAAGUGCUCCAAACCGCGGAAAACAAUGUAGACGGUUUCGGCGAGCAGCCACUAAUCGUUCAACGGACAGUCGAACCAAAAGUAGAAGGACAGCAACCAUUAAAAGGCGACGUGGUACGUAGUCAUGCCGAAGGGACUGAUGACCCACUAAUGUGGUACGGAAGUGCAGGGUUCAGACCACGUGACAUUAGUAAGUACAACACGAGUCCUCGUCUUCCAGAUAUGCACGCAUGGCUGAGUGACUCUCUGCGUCAAAUGUCGAAUACAGUAAAGGAAAUCGAUGAAAAUUAUGAACAGCGAAACCGAGAAGAAAUUAAACAACGAAUGGAACAAUUGAAAAAACAGAAACGGAAUCAAGAAAAAAUAAUACAACGAAAAUUGAGACAAAAUAAUAUAUUAUUGCAACGACGUUAUUACGACCAGAUGUUGCAUUGGCCGCGUAGUGAUCUCAAAUCUCAAUAAAUUUAGCUUGCGGAAACAGGGGCGGGUUUUAUCACUAACCAAGGGAGGGGCUAAUGGAGGUUUAAAAAUUAAGUUAGUUG